GGGAGAGAGAGAGAGAGAGAGGGAGGAUGUGAGAGCAUGAGAGGCAUGAGCUGGAUGAUUUGAAAUGAGGGAAAAAGUAGGGAGAGAGAAGCAGAGGAGGAGAGAGAGAUAUGGAAAAAGAGUUAGUACUAAUGUGAAGUCAUGUGAGGGCAUUUAUAGUGGGGUUCUCUUGUCUUGUUUCCUAGCGGUUGCACAUGGGAGAGACUCCCUCUUUUGGGUGUUGUGUAAAGCAAAUAUGCAUGUGAUGCCAUGUGCCUCUCCCAACACACCAACCCCAACUCCCUCCCAAGGUUUAUUGCCUCUUCUCUCCGUAAUCUCCUCUCCUCUCUCUCCCUCUCUUUCACUCAAACACACGAGAACAAUUAUUGACUUUCCUUAUCACUCCAAUUAUUUCCCAUAUCUCAUGCCCUCUCUGGUGACCAUGAAAAAACUUUGAGCUGUGAUGAGAUCCACAAUUCCUUUGUUUAAAACCCCCCAGGUGCAACCCCAGAAUUGACCUUCAUUUGCUUGGAUGGAUCAGCACAGGAUUACUAAAAGGAGGCGUGUUUAUUCCCUCCAGCCAAACACAUUGCCACGUACGGUAUUUGCAAAGAAGUAUGUGAAUCAUUUAGUGCCAGCUCUGAUGGAUAUCGGAAACAAGCCUGAUUCAGACCAGAUGGAGGAUCAUGAGUUGGAGAAGCUCGUCCGCUAUGAGGUUGAUAAGGCAUUGGUAUCGUCCGCUGAAGGCUUUGCAUGGAGCCGUGCCUUAAACGUUAAGCUUCAACGCGGCGGCCUCAAUGUAGGUAGACUUCAAAAUUCUUCCAUUACUCCACAAACUCAAAAGGCAUCGCUUCCGACCAAAUUCUCUCCAAACCCUAAUCCUAAACCUAGUCAGAAGGACUCGAAAAGGUCUAAAAGAUUACAGUGUCUACCGAAACCAAAGAGAGGAGCGGGGACGGAAGGCGAAGAGGUGCAAUUUAGGCAGCAGUUGACAAACCUAAGAACCCUUAUGCCGGGUGGAAAUGAGAUGGGUGUAAAUGAAUUGCUGACAGAAGUGGGAAGCUACUUGGUGGCUUUGGAGCUGCAGGUGAAUGUCCUAAGAUGCCUUGUGGACACACAAUGAUUCUUUUUUUUUGGUUUCUACCCUAAGUUGAUUAAUUUCCACUGAGACAUAUUCUUUGUGGAAAGCAAUAUUAUUGCACAGCAUAUUAUAAUCCGAUCUUUUUCCAUUGUUGUGAUAUGUAAAUAUAGCUGGACCUUCUCCUUUUGUGGAGAAAAAAAAAAGGGAAAAAAGGAAAAUUUGCUUUUAGUUCAGUAUUCAUCAUUCAGUGAUGUGAGAAACCCAUGGCUAACAGUUCAGAAAAUCAUGUAAUUCGCCCUAGUGUGAGGCUGCUUUUCGCCUUUGUUGUACCUCAGAUAGUAUGAUAUUGUAUUAAGAUAUCAAUCUGUUACUCGGCU